AUGUCACGCUACCUCAACCCCGCCAAGAUAGGCCUGCUCGCUCUGAUUGAGCUGUACGUCAGCAAAGCCGUACCGGCAUCAGCCACAGUCGACAUAUUGUCGUUCACCGCAUCACAUCUUCUGGAUAUCGGGCACUCGAGUGCUCCAAAGAACCCCGAGGCCCGGUGGAAGCGGGCAGAGAGCACGGUCAGCCUCGUCGUGACAAUCGCAGAGUUCGAGAAGGUCCUCUCGCCACUCACGACAGCCUCAGGCAUACCCGGCCGUGGCUUGUGGUACGCCUUCCUCGAGAAGCUGUGGAAGAUUGACUCAUUGGACGCACUGCAUGAGUUCUUUGGUCGCUGCGGCAACAUGCUGGCUAGGACCAAAGAGGAAGAGAAGCGCGACAACGAGGCCGGCGUCGCGCCGCCGGAUCCAGAUACGAUCCUGCUAUCACGCAAUUCCCCAUUCGGUGCAUUCGUGCGCCGCUCCCAGCUCGAGUUCACGCGUCUCCGCUUCCACGACGCGUUUGAGCUGUGGAAAGAUUUCGUGCGGUACCGCCAGACAACUGCGGCGUAUUAUCGCAAGAAGACGCCUUCGUUUCAGCGGCUCAGCUUCGACACUGUAUUGCUGACCGGCGAGCAUGAGUGGGGAUCCACAGUCGAGGACAUCGCGUCCGUCGCGUACAGUGGAAUGCUGCGAGGGGAUCCGAUAGCGACGCUGCCCGUCAGCACCGAUGACAUUGAGAAGCUGCUUGAGUUCCAGAUCGAGCAGAUGCAAAAGUACGGCAACCGUAUACCCUUAGAAAUUCGCCACCAGUUCCAUGAUCUAGUCAAUGAUUCAGCCAUGGUCCCAAGUCUGUCACACUACCUCAGUUAUCUGGAUGCCUGGAGGGCUGGCGACUACUCGACCUCGUUUGAUUACCUUCACCGGUAUUUCGACUACACUAUGCAGAACAGGGAUCGGCUGUUCUACCAAUACGCUCUGAUGAAUCUAGCCGUUCUCCAGGCCGAUUUCGGCUGCCAUAAGGAGGCUGUCGCCGCCAUGCUGGAGACCAUCUCCACGGCUAGGGAGAAUCGAGACAUGACCUGUCUUAACUUCGCCCUGAAUUGGCUCUUUCAUUUUGGACGUGCGCAUCCGAAGAUCACCAAAGAUCUCGAGUCGAGUAGUAUGUUGGGGACGGGCCGAGAUUCGCUGGCGUUCCUGCGCAGCAAGGCAAAGGAAUCCGGCAUGUGGACACUCUGGUGCUCGGCACUGAUGAGCGAGGCAAAGAUGAGUCUCUCCAACGGCGAGAGCGUAGCUACUGCUCUUGAACAUAUGGUGCGGAGCUCGGAAAUCUUGGUCGAAAAGAAUAUGAAGGGCAUGAUGGGUUCGCAGAUGGCGCUCAACAUCUCCCUCUGGGACCGCUUGGGUGUCUCCUAUUUAUCGUCUACGGGAUGCGAGGUGUUCCUGCGCUGUCAUGCACAGCACAGCGUGUUUGAUGACGAGCUAAAGGUUACCAGUCGGCAAGCAUCAAUGUUGGCAUUGAGAGGAAAAUAUGACGAAGCGCUUGCACGGCUCGAGGGCAUUGACUCGAACGCAUUACGGUCAUGGAAGCCGAGCCAGUAUUGGCACAAGUUCCGCGGCAUCAUCAAGCUGCGGCGCGAUCUGCACAGGAACAACCUUGCCGGCGCGGACUAUCUCCUCACGCAGCUUCUCCAGAACAAAGCAGACGACCUGGAGCCAGAUCUGGGCUUCGUCAUAGACAACUUGCACAUAGACCACCUUGUUCGACGCGGCGACAUGCAGGGCGCCUUUGCAAAACUCGAGGCACUUAUUUCAGACCUCAGAGAGGAGAACAAAGACAUAGCACUGCGUGUGCGACUACUUAUACUCAAGGCAGAGCUGCUUGACAGAAGCGGCCGGCCGCAGAAGGGGUUCACGGUCGCGGUCCGCGCUGCAAAUGUCGCUUGGCGGGCCCGGCUGAUACCUCUGUUGUGGUCGGCCAUGGGGGCCAUCGCGAACAUCCUCUCUUCCAUGGCCGAGUUCGAGCCGGCGAUACAGCUGCUCGAAGCAGUGCUGCCUAGGGCGCUUGAGUGCGACAAUGCCGUCAUGGUGGCCCAACUGUAUUCCUACCUCGGCGAUGCAGAGAUGGGCAUGGCUGGCCGGAUGCCGCCCCAGAGCAACAAGCGGAGGGAGUUCAUGACAAAAGCGCUGGCAGCAGUGGAGAAGGCAUUCGAUCACUACUCGAGCGUCGAGGAUAUUCGGAAGCAAUGCGAGUUGAUGUCCAAAAAGGCCACGAUUAUGAAAGUUGCGGGCGAUAACGUGCUUGCGAACGACUACGCGGCGGCCUAUAUGGCUCUGCGGAGGGAUGCUGCCCAGACGCUGGCCUAG